GCUCAGAGGGCACAAAUUUUACAUUCUGCUCACUGCUUAUGUGUUUGGGUUGGAGGUGAUUGGUGAUUGAAGCUGCUAAUGCCUCCCCAGUGCUCCUGCAGCUCCGUGGUGGGCAACGUGAUACUGUCAUUGCCAGCUGUGGAUGAGAAACAGCCUGUGGUCAGUACAGGGACUGGCUCUUUGAGUACAGCAGUGACCUGCUGCAGAGUGGUGUGCGCCAGGGCCCUCCCCAGGGAUGUCAGAGGGAAGGAGGCUCCCGGGGAAGAUGAGCAGCCUGGCUGGCUCACUCAGCUCCCUUCUGGGCAACACUGUUUUUACUGGCGUCUCGGUGCCGAGCUGGGGAAAUCUGUGGUGUACCAGGAAACCAAUGGAGAAACAAGAGUUGAAAUAAAAGAAUCUGUCCGGGGACAGGAUAUCUUCAUCAUACAGACGAUCCCCAGAGAUGUGAAUACUGCUGUCAUGGAGCUGCUGAUAAUGGCGUAUGCACUGAAGACUUCCUGUGCCAGGAACAUCAUCGGGGUCAUCCCUUACUUCCCCUACAGCAAACAGAGCAAAAUGAGGAAGAGGGGCUCUAUAGUCUGCAAGCUGCUGGCUUCCAUGCUGGCCAAGGCAGGUUUAACACACAUUAUCACUAUGGACCUUCAUCAAAAGGAAAUCCAAGGCUUCUUCAGCUUUCCAGUAGACAACCUGAGAGCAUCCCCUUUCUUGCUUCAGUAUAUACAGGAAGAAAUUCCAGAUUACAGAAAUGCAGUUAUUGUAGCCAAAUCUCCUGGUGCAGCUAAAAGGGCUCAGUCUUACGCCGAGAGGCUGCGGCUGGGGCUGGCAGUGAUCCAUGGGGAGGCUCAGUGCACGGAGCAGGACAUGGAUGACGGGCGUCACUCCCCUCCAAUGCUCAAAAAUGCAACUGUGCACCCUGGCCUGGAGCUGCCCUUGAUGAUGGCCAAGGAGAAACCGCCAAUAACUGUGGUUGGAGACGUUGGAGGAAGAAUUGCCAUCAUAGUGGAUGACAUCAUUGAUGACGUGGAAAGCUUUGUAGCUGCUGCAGAGAUCCUGAAAGAGCGUGGAGCCUACAAGAUUUUUGUGAUGGCAACUCAUGGGCUCCUGUCAGCAGAUGCCCCCCGUCUCAUAGAGGAAUCCUCCAUCGACGAGGUGGUGGUGACCAACACAGUUCCUCAUGAGGUGCAGAAGCUGCAGUGCCCCAAGAUAAAGACUGUGGAUAUCAGUUUGAUCCUCUCGGAAGCCAUCCGGCGGAUCCACAACGGCGAGUCCAUGGCUUAUCUCUUCCGCAACAUCACUGUGGAUGACUAGACCCGGCUCUGCCCCCGUCCUGGGUUCCACGGGAGAAGGAAAUGUGCAUGAAAAGGCAAUACCAUAAAAUAUAGGCAUAACACAACUGUUUAUUUUUGUAGGAGCGUGGAGGCUUUCAGGGUCUUUGAGCCAUGAGAUCUAAUAGAAAAAAAGUCAACCUGACCAGCACUUUACAGUUGAAUAGAAGAGGCCACUGGCAAUGGGGAGGGUUACACCGUAAUUAAGAGAGGUGGUGUUGAAUUUUUAAGUUCCUUUAAUGAUUUUUUCUUUUUUUUUUUUUUUUUUUUAGUGUGUUAUAUCUCUUGCCCUGUAGGGGUGGAAAGAAAAGCUAAACAGAAGUAGCUGUCAGCUUAUGAGAAGGGAAUAGAGACUGUUCAUUGCUGUGUGGGCAAGCAAGAGCAGCCUUUGGGGUUGUUUCUGCCUGUGGCUCACCCGAGAGCACAGAAGGGAACGUUCUGCUGGCAGAGCUGAGCAGCACAGCAGCUCCUUGCCAAGUGAGUGGCCUCUCAUCUCCUGCACAGCAGAGCAAGGACUUUCAUCAGAACUAAGUUAGCGGAACAUCCCAAGAGGACAGCUUAGGGCAACCCUUUCGCAGGGCUACUCACAUCCUUGUGUCAGGGAGCUGGGAACAAGCUCACGUGUCUCCCAGCAGAGCAGGGAAUGCUAGUUAAUGUGUUGGCCUUUUCAUUUUGCAAGCUUUUGGAUCAUUAUUGUUCUUCAGUGACAAGUCACAUGAGGGUCUUGGUCCUCACUUGAACAUUUGUCUGCACUGCAAAGCCAGGCACAAUUUUUGGAGUUGCCUGGGGCUGACGAGUUUGUGGCGGAGUCUCGUGGGGAAGGGAAGUUGGAACAAUAUCUGCUUCUAAUGCAGCUGUGCUCUCCAAAACACUAACACCGAGCUGCAAUAAAAAGUGUGAGGUUUUUCAAUUU